UCGACAACCGCCGCCCGCGCAACGGUCGAUUGUGUAUUUUUUAAUACGGUAAAAAAAAUAAAAGGUAAAUUAAAUCUCGUCUCGAAUCGACGAUACGGUACGGUGCCGUAAGAAAUAAUUUCAUCACCGGGUCUGGACCGUCUUGGAGUGUAAUAGUAAACGCCGCCGGUUGAGUUCGGCCGCGACACCUCCGCUGCCCAGGUCGACAUGUGCUACGGCCCGAACGAUCCGGGUUAAGAGAUCCACGAACCGCCGUUUCCAAGACCAGCAAUGAUCGAGGUGUCCGCCCCGACCCCGUGCCAUCCGAAUUGAAACACACCCGUGAAUGGGACUAUGGGAAUUUGUCUGGACACAGACAAAAACCCUAAUGAUAAUAGUUACAAUAACGGUCCAAGAGGUAGACAAAACUGGGAUGCCGAAGACACCGACGACAGAAACGCUAACGACUUGCUGUCGGACAAUAACAGUCACGUCAAGUUCAACACGCCGAAAGUUCCUAUUAUAUUUGUACUCGGAGGACCUGGCAGCGGCAAGGUGACACAUUGUGACAAUUUGAUGACAGAAAAGAGGGGCAUUGUUCAUGUAAACAUGACCGACUUGCUUCAGCAAUACACCGUCGGAAAUGACAUGGAAGACUACAAUAAGCUGUCCAGCAGAACGGUCACGGAAGUGCUGAUGCUGGAGUUGAAAAUGUCGCCGGCAGCCAAGCUGUUUUUGAUUUCGGGUUUUCCCCGAAACAUGCGUGACGUCGUUGAAUACACGCGGAAGAUAAAAUUAUUGAGCAAAGUCAUCUUGAUAGCGUGGAGUCAAAGCGUGCUAGAGCGGCAAAUCGAUUAUGGAGCCAAACUGGGUCAAGUCGUUUUGAGUCUGGCCAAAAUGGAGUUGAGUAGCUUUUACAACAACGUCACCCCCGUGUCGGAAUACUACGAUCAGAGGAGGAUACUGAUAUCGAUCAACGGCGAGCGAAACCCUUCAGAGGUGUACUUGGACUUCCGUUCGACGGUGCUGCAGGUUUUGAGCGCUCACUUGGCCACAGGAGCACUUCCUACGGCGUUUCCUAACGGUCACGUAUCCCACCGCGACGACACGGCCGAGCACAACAGCGUUACUACAGUGAAUAUAGAGCCAGCCACGGUCAGUCAUAACCCGGGCUCGUCGGGAUAUCCUAGAGUUAUAUGGGUGGUCGGAGGUCCCGGCAGUAACAAGAGUUCGUUGUGCCAAAAAAUUCUCAGGACCCACCACGGUUGGGGACACGUCAGCAUGGGGUCGGUGCUCAGGUCUUUGGCGUCGGGCAAGGAACCAACAGACCCGUUGCAACACACAAUCGGCAGCGGUCAAUUGGUCGACAAGGCUGUCGUUUACGAGGUGUUGGACGGCGAGAUGCUGAAGUACAGAAACUGUAACGGCAUCGUGAUCGACGGAUUUCCCAGAACCGUGGAACAGCUCAACUAUUUCGAAAAAAAGUAUGCUCAACGACCAUUGUUGAUACUUUUGGAUUGCUCAAAGUUGCAGUUAGGCCGCGGUAGGUUGGACGACAGCGUGUCGGCGUUCCGGCAUCGUCUCGAGAAUUUUCGCGAACAAACCUUACCAAUGCUCAAAAUGCUCGACGACAACGAACGGCUGAUCGUGGUGGACGGCAACACGGAAGACAGGAAAGUGCAAGACAUGUUCGUCGGCGCUUUGGUGAGUACGAUUGGCAGCGAAACCGCGACCGUGGCGCACCAGGUGGCCGACGACGACGGUACUGUGCUUCACGACCUGGAGAGCCACGAGGAACCCCCCGAGGCCGGAGCGUCCCACGCGGUCACCGGUCCAGCGGUUCCACACCAGAACGGGUUCAUACCGAAUGCCCAAACGUCAAAUGCAAAAAGCAACGAUCUGGAACAACGGUCGCGCCAAUCCAUACGGACUAUGUACGCUCAAAUAGGCUCGUACCCUAAAAACAAUGUACUAUAGUAGUCAAAUGGAAAUGCUAAGCAAAUCCCAUACCAUUGUCGCCUGCCUUAUUGUAACCAAACCUACUACUAAAAAUAUUGUGCAUAUCUAAUUUAUUUAUUUAUUUUGAUUUUUUUGUUGUAUAUUUUCUCCGCGUAAAGCUGGCCUGACCAGAUGGAAUAAGCUACACAUUAGACAUUAUUAUAUUAUAAUAUAGUAAAUAAUAAUAAUAAUAAUAUACUUUUAUUAUAUUAUUUUACGAUUGUGAUACCAUAGGGUUACCGAUUUUUAAUAGUCAAUAAAGAUUUACGAUUAUAGCCUAGUGUUUAGCGUGUACAACAUUUGAUUGCUCAAAAUGUCUAAAUAGUUAACCAUUUUGUACUGUCGAAUUCCAUUUACCGUUAAUAGAUGUAACACCUAAUAAAAUAUUCUUUUUUUCUUUUAACAACCAUGUAACUUGUA